GAAUCUCGCGGUUCUAGCAGCCGUCGAUGUUGACUUUGCUCUGAUGGAGUCGAGCGGUGGUGAGUAUCGCGUUCCGAUCGGCCUUUUUUUUGUGUUGCUGAUUUCGCGGUUCGAGAUUGUUCGUCCGUGUCUUUUCGUGUGAUCGGGUGGUUGAUACGUAGGCAUGAGAGCAGCAUUUCGGAUUUUCUAGUUCGGAGCCUGAGUUGCCGAUUCUUAGCUCCGUUGACGGUGAGCGGACACCGAGUUGGUGUCCUUUUGGUGCUUGUUGCGGGGUGGCGAGUUGAGUCCCAUUUUGGCCCGCGUGAAUCCGUGCGUGGCUCUGGGAAUGCGAAAGGGAUAUUCAAUGGAGUCGGGGGCUUUAGCAGGAACGAUGAAGUUGUGAUUAGGCAUGGUCAAGUGGAGUUCGGAAUUGACCUCAAAUGCGCGAUAGAAGAAGAUUGUUAGUGGUCUGGUUGCCCUGCUGCUAUGCAUUUUCGCUUUGAAUUUUGACUAAUGGCUUUUGUGAGGCGUGAGCUUUUGUUUCAUUCCUAUUCUGUAUGAUUCAUACACUGUUUAUGAACUGAAAAGCCUAGCUCAGGAGUCCCUUUGUUUUUUUUUUCUGAAGAAGUAAAUGGGAAGAGGUUUAAAUGAAGUAAGAAGACUCCACCAUGUUGCUGAUGAAACUCUGUACUCAUUAUACAAGUAACUUUGCGUUAGCAAUACGAGAUUGACGCAAAACCCAGUUUUGGGGGCCUGCGCGGUUACAUGGAGCUUAGAGACUACUAGCUAACGAUUUGCUUCCCAAUGGAUCACAAAUUUCAUUCAAUUUGUCAGCUGGAGACGAGAAAGUUGCUAUGGCUCCUGGGAAUAUCAUUUGCUAUGGUUCUAUUGAUUCAGUUUAUCGAACUCCCACGUGGGAACGUCCUGGGAUCUCUAUUUUCUGCAAUCAAGGUUCCAAUAGAAGGGAAUAUUGUUGAUGUGGAAGGAUCGCCAUUUAAAUCAUAUAUGUCAGGUAACAUGACACUUUCAAAUGACUCAGACACAACUACUGCUUCUACCAUUCACGGACGAGUGGAGGACGAUGGCUUUGAAGAGAGAGGCUCAAUUUUUUACAAUGGCACUGUACCAAAGAGUAACACAUUCUUCAAUGAACCUUAUGGUUUAAGCAACUAUACAACUGGUGAUGAGAAGUCAUCAAUAGAGAAUCAAGUGGAGGUAAAUGGAACUAUUGCGCCUCCCAUUGCCAAUAAAUCAAUUGGUGGAUAUGCACCAGAGGAAGCUAUGGUGCCUGAGAGUAAUGAGAAGCUUUCUCUAAACAGUUCUACUAUGUACAGCGACUUCACAGCUGCCAAUAAGAAGAACAAUGUCAAAGCACCUGAACGUGGUGAAAACAGAGUCAGUUAUGUACCUCCCUCACCUGCAAUUCCACCUGUGGAUUCGUCUCCGAACUCCAACUCAUCGACAAAAGAGGGACCCCAUGUGACAAUUUCCAUUCCAUCAUCUGUUUCCGAUACUUCUUCGACAGAAGUACAUUGGACUCCAACUCGUAAGGAGGAUGUUAAGUCUAACCAAAUGCAGGGCGAUGUCUCCUCAUUAAGUCAAAGUUCGACUGCUUCCAUUCAUGAUACAUAUAAAACACCUCAGGCACCAACAUCAGCAGUAAUUACAAUAGCAGAUAUGAAUGCUUUGUUGCUUGAAAGCCGUGCCGCGUACCGAUCAAUGAAGCCACGGUGGUCUUCAGUAGUUGAUCAAGAAUUGUUAAAAGCGAAAUUGCAAAUUGAGAAUUCUCCCAUCGUGAGUGACCCGAUCCUGUACGCCCCUCUUUAUCGAAAUGUUUCCAUGUUCAAAAGGAGCUAUGAGUUAAUGGAAGAGAUGCUCAAAGUAUACAUUUACAAGGAGGGACAAAAGCCAAUUGUACAUAAUCCGGUGCUGAAAGGGAUAUACGCUUCUGAAGGAUGGUUUAUGAAGCUACUGGAAGCGAACAAGAAAUUUGUUACUAAGGAUGGUAGAAAGGCCCACCUAUUUUACUUGCCAUUUAGCUCUCGAAUGCUCGAGGAAACCUUGUAUGUCCCCAAUUCCCACAGUCAUAAGAACCUUAUACAAUUUUUGCGAAAUUAUUUGGACGUUAUCAAGGGAAAGCACCCAUUCUGGAAUAGAACUGGAGGAGCAGAUCAUUUUCUUGUAGCUUGCCAUGACUGGGCCCCAUCUGAAACAAGGAGAAUAAUGGCCAGGUGCAUAAGAGCACUCUGCAAUUCUGAUGUUAAAGAAGGCUUUGUUUUCGGUAAGGAUGUCUCGCUACCAGAAACCUACGUGCGGUCAGCUCAGAAACCUCUCAGAAAUCUUGGAGGCAAGCGACCUUCUCAGAGGUCAAUCCUAGCUUUCUUUGCUGGAAACUUGCAUGGAUACGUCAGGCCAAUUCUAUUACAGCACUGGGGCAACAAAGAUCCAGACAUGAGGAUAUACGGUCCCAUGCCCAACGUCAAGGGUAAUAUGAACUACAUUCAGCACAUGAGAAGUAGCAAAUACUGCAUAUGCGCAAAAGGUUAUGAAGUAAACAGUCCUCGAGUUGUGGAAGCCAUCUUCUUCGAGUGCGUGCCCGUGAUUAUAUCCGACAAUUUCGUGCCCCCGUUUUUCGAGACUCUGAAUUGGGAAUCCUUUGCGGUUUUUGUACUGGAGAAGGAUAUCCCAAACUUGAAGGACAUACUCCUCUCCAUCCCUGAGAAAAGAUUCCGUCGGAUGCAGAUGCGGGUCAAGAAGGUACAGCAGCAUUUUCUUUGGCACAGUAGGCCGGUUAAGUACGACAUCUUUCAUAUGAUACUCCACUCGAUUUGGUUCAACAGAGUAUUUCAGAUUAACCCCAGGUAGAUAUGGUGGAUUGAAAGAGAUGUAGAUAAGUGCUUCAGGUAGUGGAUUUUGUACACUGUACAGACACCCAUGCUCCAUUUC